ACAGACUCACAGCUGGACGUCGUCAGAGUGCUAAUCCGAGUCCAUUCAGCUAAUCAAGUUGCAUGUGAAUUUUUCCCAUCGAUGUUGCCUUUGUUCAUGUUCUUACGUCAGAUACAACCCCGGAGGUGCACCUUGUCUCGAAUGACAAUAUUCCUAAGUGUUUCUCAGCUUUGAAACUUCAGAUUCAUCCUUGGAGGCGAACCAAAGGGGUUAUCCAGUGAGAAGGGAGAGCGACGCCACCGGCGUGGUGCGGAUAGUCAUUCAUCCAGAAGCAGCAUUUAUAUCCAGAUUGACGAAAGUGAUUUUUAAAACGCCACGGAGCGUCACUGGAGACGGCCAUUUGUGCGGGUUUAUCAUUCAUGCCAGUCGCACGCUGAAAUACUUUACAGUCGACUCGACGAGCGUGCAUUGAUUAGUGAUUGAACAUUUAGACCCUGUACGGAGGAUUAAUAGAGCGAGCAUUGUGACCGGAGAAGGGAAAGAGGAAAAAGAUAGGGGCAUCCGUGAGAGCAGCAUUCGGAAACGGUGGAAGCAUUUCUGAAGCGACGGUGUUCAUUUACGGCGCUCAUUUGCUAGAGGGUUAUUGGUUGGUGAGGGCCGUUUGAGGGAGUCCGCCUGCAUGGUGGAGGUUUGGUGGAAGCACUCGGAAGUUUUGCACGAGACUUUGUAAUUCGCCAGCCAACAUUCAUCAAUCCAGUCUACGAGCAUUAGGUAGUUUAAGUUCACCAAUAAAGGAGAUAUCUCGAAUCAAAGCGAUUAUAUGAGAAGUCACGCUUGCGCAAUCUCAUACUCAUCGUAUAUCUUGAUCCAUCUUUUAUGAAUGAUGACACUGACUUGGAAAGCAGCUGAUUCAAUUAUGUAUUCUCGUUAGGGAAUUUCCCAUAUUCGGCUUCACGGACUUGUGUUAACUCUAGCUUUCAGAUUGGAAAUUUGGAUUCAUAGCCGACUCAUUUUUUCUUGGAAAGUUCAACUAUAAGUAAUUUCGUUAAACCCAGCACUGGCAGUCGAUUACCGCCCUUCUUGUAAAAUAUUUCGAUAAACAUUGAAACUGAUCUGAAUUUUCCAUAUUUCCCGUUCAUUUACGAUGGUAUCAGUUGCUCGAGUUUAUGACCACAUUGAUUAAAGGCAUUGGUCGUGACAAUGUGUAGUGAAGAACAAAACUCUUAAAGUGUUCUCUAUUCAUAUUACGCUUCGAAACCGGUAUCUGAUGAUCACAACCUCCAACGGCCACCCCGCUCCUCCCAUUAACGCAUUAACCCACCGUCGGCGAAUACGAGAUGUUUAUGCGUCCACUUUCCUCUGGAGCCUCGAUGAUGAUGACCUAAUGCUGGAAUAAUGGAUAGAAGGUUCAGCCUCACUACCCUUUCUGAUUAAACAUUAGGAGAAACUUGGAUCGAGUGGCCCUUGGGUAUCAUCCAACAUUGUAGGAUAAUGCGAUCGUUGGUUCAGUAGAUGAAGUGGGGUUGACGAUUGCGGUUGUGUUUUCGGGAUCUGCCGUCUCUUCUUCGGCGGGCGGCCUUCCCUGCUUCAAGGAUUCAUUUGCUUCUUCGUUUUCUGGCGCAUGCAGACAUGAUUGGUUAUAUCGUUGAAAAGCUGUUGAUGUUAUCAUCGGUGAUGGAUUGUGAAUUGUGCCUUCGAUGGUGUUAAUGAAUCUGCCCAUCAGGGUACUUUCUCUGUGAUUCACUUAUCAUCUUCCCAGCGUCGAGGAGGGGCGUGAAAGUACUAGUGAUUCUUGUCUUACAGCAGGACUUGAAGAAGGCAUCACUUAUAGAGAGCGACGCUGUUGAAUACUCAAGCACUCUUAUCCGCUUUUCCAUUCAAGUCCCACCAGAUAUUAAGCAUUGAGGAGGAACAUUGAUUUUUUUUUUAAUCUGAAAAGACGACGAAGGAAAAUACUUGGAAUUUUGGAUUUAUUUAGAUUUCCAACUGUCAUGUCUAGUGCAGGCCUGUCUAGUGAAUAUCAUCUAAUGGAUUAACCCAUUUCGAACGCCAGAAAAAUUAACAGUUGACUGUGGAGUUAAACCUUCAGCACGACAAAAGGCAUGAUGGACGCCAACGAGAUAGCUGUCAACAAACCCAAUUCCAGCGAGCUCUAUGUGACCCUUUGGCCGUCGACGGAACUACCAAACUCCACGGAGUAUGCCGAAGAAGUGACUAGCUACGUGGAAUUCCAUAUCACCAUCAUUGCACUAGCCUUGUACGCCUUCGCGUUUCUUCUCAUCAUAUUCUGCAACGCAUUGAACUUGUACAUCAUGAGGAAGCCUUUGGAUUGCUUCAGUGACAAUACGCGGUUCUUCCUGAGUGCUCUGGCGGUGGUGGACCUGUUGUCGGGUUUAAUAUGUUGCCCGACGGAAAUGGUGUUGGCUAUCUUUGGAAACUGGCCUCUGUCGCACGCGUCGUGUGACGUCAUAGCCAUUGUAUACACCAUGGUGUCAUGUCAAGCACUCCUGUGUCUGUGUUUAGUUAGUGUAGAUCGCUUCUUGACAAUAGUGAAACCGCUUCGCUACCCGACUAUCAUGACACAGAAGAGGGCGCGCAUCGUUCUUGCGUGCGUGUUAUUGCUUGGCGCGCUUUUGUCCCUCACGAUGCUCGAAGCAAGAAAUCUUCCAAGUCCCAUUGAAAACACCACAUUGUGUGCGUUACUCUACUUAGACAGUACAGACCCGGUCCGUCCCCUCAUUAUAAUCAUCAUAGUCUCUUUCAUCAUCCCCGCCUCCAUUCUUCUCUUCGUAAACAUUCGCCUUAUGAUAAUCACCAUCCAAAAGACUCGCGAACUUGCCAACAUGUCCCCGACCGCUGUUCGUUACACCACCGACCGUCUCAAGGGCGUUCGGACGAUUCUCGUACUAACUUCGGCUUUCUUCGUCACGUGGCUCCCCCUUAUGUGUACAAUGGUGGCAGCUGUAAUAUUCAACGCCCAUAUUCCACCGGCAUGGGGAACCCUCGUGUCUUUCCCUGCAUUAUGUAACAGUUGGAUUAAUGCUUUCAUAUAUUUAUUCAUGUGUACUUCGUAUCGGCGCGCUGUCGUCAAAGAAGUUCGGAAAUGUUUCAAGCGACGUCAUGAAAAAUGGGUGACCAACGGAUCUGUUGCCGCGUCAGCUGCAUUGCACUCGGAAGCAGCAUUAUAGUCUUGGACAACAGUCGUUUAUUAGAGUAUUUAUCAUUUUCAAGUGUGUGAAAUUAGUUAUAUUUGGACCUACUUUAAUGGGGUAUGUAUAAAGGACUUAUCAAGAUAACGCUCUACAUGCUGAUAAGUAUGGUAACAAUGGAUUUAGGGGCCUGUUUCAUAAAGUUGUUCGUAGGUUAAGAUCGACUUUAAAAACGACUGGUGAUUCUUUCUUGUGGUAAA